AUGGGAGGGAAAAACAAAGUUGAAAUCUUACUUCAGCUACAUAAUGCUUUACGGCGUCGCCGGAUUUCUUCUUCCUCAUCCUUGGUUGCUCGUCGCCGUGUUUUUCCUUCCGGGAACAACAUCAGCAUCUCUGGAUUUCGUUUUCUGGGUGUUAAUCAAUCCGCUCACUUUCUUCAUUCUCUGCCAGCUCCCGAGAGAAACUCCACUGGAUUCAACGAAAACCAAGACACACAAUCUUCUUUUGAUGUUCAUAAUAUCAUAAAGAAUCACCGUGGAAGUUCAUCUGAAGAAAUUGAGCGAAUCCUUGAUAAAUGCCGGAUAAGAUUAACCGAAGGGCUGGCUUUGGAAGUGGUUAAUCGGAAUCGAUCUGAUUGGAAACCAGCUUAUACACUUUCCCAAUUGAUACGUAAACAAUCUGUUUAUCUAUCUAGCUCUUCGGUGUACAACGAAAUCCUCGACCUUCUUGGGAAAAUGCGUCGCUUUGAUGAGUUCCACCAAGUGUUCGACGAAAUGUCUAAGCGAGAUGGACUCGCUGACGAAAAGACAUAUGAUGUUUUGCUAAAACGAUACGCUGCUGCACAUAAAGUAGAUGAAGCCGUGGCUGUAUUCGAGAGGAGGAGAGAUUUUGGGAUAGAGGACGAUUUGGUUGCGUUUCAUGCGCUCUUGAUGUGGCUGUGUAGGUAUAAGCACGUUGAAUUUUCGGAGACGUUGCUCUGCUCUCGUAGAAGAGAGUUUGGAUGUGAUAUAAAAGCGAUGAACAUCAUUCUCAACGGGUGGUGUGUUUUGGGGAAUGUUUAUGAAGCCAAGAGGGUUUGGAAAGAUAUCAUUGCUUCCAAAUGCAGACCAGAUGUUGUCAGCUACGGGACGAUGAUCAAUGCAUUGACGAAGAAGGGGAAGCUGGGAAAGGCCAUGGAACUAUACAGAGCAAUGUGGGAAACUGGAAGAAGCCCGGAUGUCAAAAUCUGCAAUAACAUCAUUGAUGCAUUGUGUUUCAAGAAGAGAAUCCCAGAGGCUCUUCAAGUGUUCAAGGAGAUGAGUGAGAAAGGUUGCUCUCCGAAUGUUGUGACUUAUAACUCGCUUUUGAAGCAUCUCUGCAAGAUACGGAGAACUGAGAAAGUUUGGGAGCUAGUGGAGGAGAUGGAGCGUAAAGGAGGUAGUUGUUCGCCUAACGAUGUGACGUUCGGUUACUUGCUUAAGUAUUCGCAGAGACCAAUGGAUGUUGAGGCAGUUUUGGAGAGGAUGGCGAAGAACAGGUGUGAAAUGACAAGCGACUUGUACAAUUUGAUGUUUAGGUUAUAUGUGCAAUGGGAAGAUGAAGAGAAAGCGAGAGAGAUAUGGGGUGAGAUGGAGAGAAGUGGAUUAGAACCAGAUCAAAGAACAUAUACAAUCAUGGUUCAUGGUCUUCACACAAAGGGAAAAAUUGGAGAAGCAAUGGGUUAUUAUCAAGAAAUGAUGUCAAGAGGAAUGGUGCCAGAGCCAAGAACUGAGAUGCUACUGAAUCAAAUCAACACCAAGCCGAAAGAAGAAGACAAAAAGCUUAGACCCAACAGUACAAAAGAAGAGUCUGAAAGCGACUGAAUUAUACAUGAAGAAACAGAUUUGAUAUUGAAAGCAAUUUUCACAUCUUCUUCCACAUGAUCUUAUAACAAAAAACAAAUUCCCAUUUAUCUCUGUCCAAGUUCUUACGCAGCCAUGGUCACAGCUUCUGCUGCUGCAGCUACUGCUGUGUCUGGGACGUA